GCAACCUCAUUAUUUCUUGGGUCAGCACUCCAGCACACCUCUUCAUGUUGCGUUUCUCAGCUUUUACAUUUGGGAAACAAUGGACGAUCAACCCAACUCAUCGGUAAGACUCCAUGCUAGCAUGGGCGGAAAUGACAGUAUCGAAACAGAAGAAGAUAAGGAGGAUCAAGGGGAAGAAGCUGUCCUCCCAUCUUCCGACGCACCAAUGAAUGCGAAGACUACUGAAGAAAAGGAUCCAACGUGCGGGGAUAUCGUAACUCUGGAUCACAAAAAUGACAUGCCAUUGGAUGCUAAGGAUGAUACUGAGGCGAUGCCCAUAAAAAAGAAAGCAACUUCGGCCACGUUCAACACCACAGAAUCAUCAUUGCCAGACACUACGACAACCACCGCUGCUACUACUACCCAAACCAGCCCCCGAAAAGCUCAAUUCCAUGCCUUUCUACGAUCCCUGCUGGAAGUGGACCAAACCCAGAUUGCCUUGAUUCCUGGAAUGAGAACAGCCAUUAUUAUCAUGACCGAUUGGAUCAUUUUUGGAAUUGGGAAUGCCAAUACCACCGCCUUUCAGCUGGGAUGUCUCUACGUGGGUUUGACGGAUGCCAAUGGAUCCUUGACCAAUCGAUUGCAUUCCAUGGGAUUGACAUUGAUCACAGUGGUGGUCAUGGGAGCCUUGAUUCCUUCCCUCACGUACACAUCCAUACCGGGGACUCUGAUUGCGGCCUUUGGUGUGGCAUUUUUGACGGGUUGUGCUCCCAUUUUUGGUAACGCCGCGUUUAUUCUCUCCAUGAAAUUGGGUGCCGCCCUCUUUGCCAUUCAAGGAUCCGUUCAUCGCAAUACCGAUGGCUAUGGGGGGAUAUCCAAUGCCUUGUUGUGGACCUUUUUUGGAGGAUCUUGCUCCUUGCUGGCAGCCCUCUUGCCCGAACUGGUGGGCAAUCGUGAUGCCAUUCGAACGUCCUUGUUCAAAGUCUGGCAUGGCUUUGGUUCCAAUCUAGCACAGUGGAAAGCACAAUGGGGAACCUUUGGGCACACGGGUCAUGCCGCUCGCUUGCCCAAUGUGACAUUGUCGUUCUCCAGCACGCUGGAUUUUAUACAACAAGACACGACGGAGGACCCAAACGCCAAAGCAUGGCUGCUCCAAAUUAUGGAACAUGUGGAUGCCAUACGAACUGCAUCCUUGUGUUUGUCCAAUGGAUAUGAAAUGGUACGACAAGAACGGCAGCAAAAACAACAAUUAGCGCUAGAACUAUCGCCAGCAACCCAUGAUGAUAACAACACUCCAGCAUCACAGAAAACAACAACAACAUCCCAAAGUGAACAACAGCAGCAAUGGGAAGAAGAGGACAGCCUCGUCGACACUUAUUUUCAUAUUCUGGCCAGAGUGAUUCAAGAUUUGGGACUGGCCUUUCAGUUCCCGUGGUCGGUCCGAUAUGUUCCUUGUAUCAGGAAACGAGUCAUAUCGAGAAAAGAGGAGCUGGACCGAGCAGCCGCUGCUUUCAGUAAUCAUCGAGCUGGUAGUGAAGGGGCAUCGUCCAGCCUUGCCAAGAAAUGGGUGCAUCCCUUGUUGACAUUUCUGCAGGCACAGGUGGAUGCUUCCGUCCAAAUUGCACUCGAUACCAAUAAGCAGUGGCCUCCCCAUUCGUCCGUGUUUACGUUGCCAAAACGAAUCUGCGCGGUGUUUCAGCUCCCCAAACUGGUGGACGACAAGGAUUGGGCCAUUCGAGGAUAUGCCAUCCGUUUCGCCGUGGCAUUUACAUUGGCAACCUUGCCAGAAGUACUGGCACCGCGAGGAACAUCAGGACAUUGGUUCCCAAUGACGGUAGCCUUGAUCAUGGGACCCACGCAGGGGGCAACAUACGAAAAGGUGGCACAUCGAACAUUGGGGACACUGUGUGGAAUUGGACUGGGUGCUGCUAUAUCUCCAUUGUUUGCACAUCCGCAAGCACUCAUUCUACUCCUGGGGCUCAAUACCUACGCAGUCUGCAUCUUUUUGCCAGCGAACUAUGCCAUGUUUACCUUUUUUGUAACAAGUUGGGUAUUUUGUACUACUGUGGGUGUGGGGGCAUCCAUGGGUGUGACUAUCUUUUAUCGGUGCAUGUGGACUUUGUCAGCCGCGGCUCUCGUGUUGGCUGUGUCAUAUACCUAUCCAGCCAAAACAGAGUUCCAGCUGACAGAAAAGCUCGCUGCAUUUGCCCAGGCUAUCCUUGUCUUUGCCCAAGCUGUUGUCGAGGAGCAUCGUCUCCUGGAGCUUGCGCGAAAUGGAACCGAUGAUAGCCUUCCUGCAUUGUUGGAACAGGCCACACAAAAAGCCCAGGAAGCUAAAAAGGUUGCAACCCAGACUCGCCUGGAUUUGCUUACGGAUGUGCACAAUGCUGUACUCUGCCCUUCUGAAGGGUACCGGAUUGAUCCCCAUUCUGUGGCACCCCGCCUGGCAUCUGAUCUUGUUGAUGCCAUAGUGAUUCCCUUGUUCCUGUUCCUAGUGAAGGAUGAUAAUUGUGACAGCCUUGUUUCAGAUUUGAACGACUUUCAAGAAUUGGAGAGGCUGGUUCAAAGGCUGGAGGCACACGCAGCAUUGCCACCGGGGAAACCUACUCGGGCAGGACAGCGGCAUGAGUCAUCAACACUGAUCACCGGCGGAGAAGGCCCGUUUUCAAAGGCAGUCGCCACUGCUCACCAAAGGCUUGACGAGGCCGGUGUGCCCAAGAGACCAACAUUGCCUGCUCCCAAAAGUGACGUUUAGGGACAAUUUUUAUGCAGCAGGCUUGUGGUGAGCCUGCCUUUGCCUCAAGUGAACCUCCCACUGGAACAGUGAACACGAAUAUUAAAACAGUGCGCUGAGGUGGAGGCCGCAUAGACAGAUGACAUAGAUGUCGAGGAAGUACUUAAAUUACUCGAGUCUCGAGUAGCUGAUCAUCGGGGAUAAGACAAACCUAGUCUACAGUACAACUAGUAGAACCUUGAAUCAACCAGCAAAAAGACUGCGUAGACUGUUGCCCACU